GCCAUCCGACAUCGUGCAACCUGUCACUCAGCACUGACCGUUCAGCAGUGGCCUUUCAGCAUGCAUUCUGCAUCACACAACCUACCGAACAGCAGCUAACAGAAGACAGCAAGAACCACCUCAUAUACGAUCCUAUACCCAGUAAAAUUUUUAUUGAACUUGGACUCUGAGUCACUUCCACACCCGUGUACCAACACAAACUGCACGCCGCCCGUAUUACCCCUGAUGCUCUGCGCGGGGGUGCACUACUGGUCGUGAACAUUGUGCCUUGGUGUACGCAGGGGCAGAUUGACGCGAGCGCCGCGGAGCACAGCAGCUGGACCUCGGUGUGGGUUAAUCACCGAGACACCGCCAUAGACAUGCCGCCGAAGAAAGCACCUCAGCCCACGGGCAAUAAGAAGACCCAGGAAAAGAAGAAGGAGAAAAUUAUUGAAGACAAGACUUUUGGACUGAAGAAUAAAAAAGGAGCCAAACAGCAGAAGUUCAUCAAAGCCGUCACACAUCAGGUGAAACAUGGACAACAGAACGCACGCCAGAUUGCUGCUGAAGCAGACAAGACUAAGAAAGGAGACAAGAAGAAGGAUAUCUCAGAGCUGAACGAACUCUUCAAACCUGUAGUGGCUGCACAGAAAGUCAGCAAAGGUGUGGAUCCGAAGUCGGUUUUGUGUGCGUUCUUUAAACAAGGCCAGUGCACUAAAGGAGAUAAGUGCAAGUUCUCUCACGACCUCAGUCUGGACAGGAAGUGUGAGAAACGCAGUGUGUAUGUGGAUGUCCGAGAGGACGAGCUGGAGAAAGACACAAUGGAGUUCUGGGAUGAGAAGAAGCUGGAAGAAGUUGUCAACAAGAAGCACGGAGAGGCUGAGAAGAAGAAGGCCAAGACUCAGAUCGUGUGUAAGUACUUCCUGGAGGCUAUAGAGAAUAAUAAGUACGGGUGGUUCUGGGUGUGUCCUGCUGGUGGAGACACCUGUAUGUAUCGACAUGCCCUCCCCGUUGGCUUCGUCUUGAAGAAAGACAAGAAGAAGGAGGAAAACGAGGAGGAGGAGAUCUCACUGGAGGAACUCAUCGAGAACGAGCGAGCAGCUCUGGGGAUAAAUGUGACACGUAUCACUCUGGAGACGUUCCUGGCCUGGAAGAAGAGGAAGAGGCAGGAUAAGAUCGCUAAAGCCCUGCAGGACAUGGAGAGGAAGAAGGCAGACUUUAAAGCCGGAAAAUCUCUUGGGGUGAGCGGGCGAGAAGUGUUCGAGUUCCGGCCCGAGCUGGUUGACGAUGAUGACGAGGAAGCUGACGAUACCAAAUAUGCCGAAGAAGACGACGAGCUCACGGAGGAGGUGGGUGAGGAAGAAGAGUGUCAGGACAUUGACGUCGCCAGGUUCGUCCUUAAAGAGGUGGACGACACGGGGAUAACGGUGGCAGCAGCAGACAGGUUCUCCUCCCGAGUCCAGCCGAACGGUGGAAGAGACGACAACAAACUGAGCGAGGCUUCAGGCGGAGUGGAGAACGGUGAGGACCAUACCCUGGAGGAGGAUGGAACCAGUACCAACAGUGACGGAGGUGGGGGUGAGGAGGCGGAGUCGGAGGCGGUGCCUGUAGAUGAAAAUCUGUUCACGGGGGAGGAUCUGGAUGAACUGGAGGAGGAGCUUAACACACUUGACCUGGACGAGUAACCCGCAAGCCUCAACAUGAACAAAUCCUUUUUUUUUUUUUUUUCCCCUUCUUUCCUCCCUCUUCUUUUUCCACCAAUCAGAUCAGCCAUAGAUGAACAGCUCAGUGGACAUGUGCGAAUAAAGAUGAUCAUCUGGGUCAUGUGACACUGUGUGACUCUGCACUGACUUCAUUUGGUCCGUAAAGAUUUUGAAGUCGUUGUAAUAAAACCACGUGAAUAUUUUACGUUACAGAAUCGCAGGGCCCUGAGCUGGUUUCUGUCAGACGUGUUUCAGUCAACAGAAUCGUACUACUUUUCAAAUGGGACCUUUUUACUGACUUAGGCAGCCUACUUCAGUAGGGGUGGAGCUUCGGUUAAGUGCUCAGCCAAUCACAUCAACCUACCCGAUCAUGUGACAUUGUCACGUUUCUUUUAACUUGAUUAUUGUUUCAAUAUCAAGAUUUAGCAGCUGGCUGUCAAACUAACGUGCUAGUUUAGUUAGCAUGCUAAAUGCAGCGUACAGUGUGCCCAUCCUGCUAACUGUUCUCAUGCUAGCAUGCUAACCAGCUAGCUAGCUAUUGCUGGUGUGCUAUGCUAACUGGUGUAUCAUCUUACAUUAUUUAAAUGGUGUAAAAUCUUUGAAAUGGUGUCACAUGAUCGGGUUUGAUUUAAGCUCCACGUGUAGUGAGUGAAUUGUGGACGGAUGUUUUGAUUUAUGACAAAUUAAAGGUUUCAUCUGCUGAGUGUGAUCUGAA